AUGGAGAAACCUAUUUUCAUGACUCAAAAACCUUUUUGUUGGCUGAAAUUGAGUCUUCCUAAGAAGGAUUAUUCAUUCGACCCUGCUUUCAAUGUGACUCCAUUAGAAAAUUACAGCCAAAUCAAGCCUGUGCCAGAUCAAAAGUUUGCCGUUUACCUUCAACAAAGCUUCAUUCUGGCAGCCCUCUCUCUGGCAUUAGAGGACCUGUGCUCAAAAGAUUGUCCCCAGAUGCGUGCUGUCGAUAGCACUGGGAAAACUAAAAUUGAGCUGACUGAGGAAGAACAGGUCUAUCUAAAGCAGCUGUACAAAAUGAACCAGUUUUACCAGGACUUGAGUUCUCCCCAAUAUCUUCAGACUUAUAAUCAGCGUCAGAAAGUUAGGUACCCACGGAUUCACAUUAAGACAAACGAAUAUCAUCUGCUUCCCCUUCAGGGAAAAGAGUACCACUCCUCCAGCGAGGAAUCUACCAGAAUCUCCCAGGAAGAAUCCACUCAAGUAGUCCCAGAGAAAACUGAGCUGACUGAUGAAGAAAAGACUUACCUGAAACAGCUGGUAAUUUUUUAUUAGACCUUUAAUUCACAGAAAUGAAUAAUCACUUUUCUUCCU